GGACAGGUCCCUUCCCCCCUAUAUAAGUAAAGAUCUUCUUCCCCGUUCAAUCCACCAAAUUAUCUUCGAGCCCAGAAGAAAGCUGUACCGAUUUUUCCCGAAAUCUUGUCGCUUUUUGUCAUUUUGUGUCCGGAGCCUUUGUGUUGUUCGAUCGUCGACAGCGAGAGAGAGAAUGGGAAGUACUCCGACUGAGAUCUCCGGCGACUGUGUGGCCGACAACAGGUCCGGCGUCGGCGGCGGGAUCUCUGACGUGUACGGUGAGGAUAGUGCCACGUUGGAUCAGCUCGUCACCCCCUGGGUUACUUCCGUUGCCAGUGGCUAUUCAUUGAUGCGUGACCCGCGUUACAACAAGGGACUUGCCUUCACUGACAAGGAGAGAGAUGCCCAUUACUUAACCGGUCUUCUGCCUCCUGUUGUUCUAACUCAGGAAGUCCAGGAGAGAAAGCUGAUGCACAAUCUCCGCCAGUACACGGUUCCUCUGCAACGUUACAUGGCCUUGAUGGAUCUUCAGGAGAGGAACGAGAGGUUGUUUUACAAGCUUCUGAUCGAUAACGUCGAGGAAUUGCUUCCAGUUGUGUACACACCGACAGUUGGUGAAGCUUGCCAGAAGUAUGGGAGCAUUUUCAGGCGGCCUCAGGGUCUUUACAUCAGCCUGAAAGAGAAGGGUAAGAUUCUUGAAGUGUUGAAGAACUGGCCACAGAGGGGAAUUCAAGUUAUUGUUGUCACCGAUGGUGAGCGCAUUCUUGGGCUGGGAGAUCUUGGCUGCCAGGGAAUGGGAAUCCCAGUGGGGAAGCUCUCUCUUUACACAGCUUUGGGAGGAAUCCGUCCCUCGGCGUGCCUUCCAAUCACCAUUGAUGUCGGUACCAACAAUGAGAAGCUGCUGAACGAUGAGUUUUACAUUGGCCUUAAGCAGCGGAGGGCGACAGGACAGGAAUAUGCAGAUUUUCUGCACGAGUUCAUGUGCGCUGCUAAGCAGAACUAUGGAGAGAAGGUCUUGGUGCAGUUUGAAGACUUUGCAAACCACAACGCGUUUGAGCUUCUGUCCAAGUACAGCUCCAGUCAUCUUGUCUUCAAUGAUGAUAUCCAGGGUACUGCAUCUGUGGUGCUUGCUGGGCUUAUUGCCGCCCAGAAGCUGCUCGGUAAAAACCUGGCUGAUCACACCUUCCUGUUCUUGGGAGCCGGAGAGGCUGGAACCGGAAUUGCUGAGCUGAUUGCUCUUCAGAUUUCAAGAGAGACCGGAACUCCGACUGAAGAGGCCAGGAAGAAGAUUUGGCUUGUGGACUCAAAGGGAUUGAUUGUUAGCUCUCGUAAAGAAUCGCUCCAGCACUUCAAGCAGCCGUGGGCACAUGAACAUGAGCCGGUCAAGGAUCUCUUGGGCGCUGUCAAUGUGAUAAAGCCAACCGUGCUGAUCGGGACAUCAGGUGUGGGAAAAACUUUCACAAAGGAAGUUGUCGAGGCCAUGGCUUCCUUCAACGAGAAACCGUUGAUUCUUGCUCUCUCGAACCCUACUUCCCAAGCCGAGUGUACAGCAGAAGAAGCUUACGCAUGGACCAAGGGUCGUGCAAUCUUUGCGAGUGGAAGCCCGUUUGAUCCCGUUGAGUACGAUGGCAAAACUUUCGUGCCUGGCCAGGCAAACAACUGCUACAUUUUCCCGGGUCUCGGUCUUGGUUUGAUCAUGUCUGGUGCAAUUCGUGUCCGUGAUGACAUGCUUCUUGCUGCCUCUGAGGCACUGGCGGAGCAAGUGAGUGAGGAGAACUUUGCAAACGGACUGAUCUACCCGCCCUUCUCAAACAUCAGAAAGAUAUCUGCCAAUAUCGCUGCCAAAGUCGCUGCCAAAACCUACGACCUCGGACUGGCGUCUAACCUUCCUCGUGCAAAGGACCUGGUGAAGUUUGCAGAGAGCUGCAUGUACAGUCCUGUUUACAGAAACUACCGCUAAGUGUUCAGACAGAACAAUCUAUCAUUAUUCAGAACCUUCUCUUUCAGUCCAUGUCUCUGUCUAUGCCUCUGUUUCCUUUUUGUUCUUGUUUCCUUUUAUGCCAUGAUCUAAGAGAACUAUCUUGCUUCCUUUGCCCCUCUGUUCUGUCCUGUAAUGCUUUUGUAAUAACACUUGAAUGAAUGAGUUCACCACCAGAGCCAACAUCCUUUUAUCGAAA